GCGUGUGAAAAUUUCUGCAGUGACACUGAGUUUACCAUAUUUGGUUAGGGCGUUCCACGCUGCAGGAACUGCAUCACUACUGCGUCACUUCCGCUUCUCUCUUUCCCGUCCGAUCUCUAAACAUGGCGCCGAUCAAACAGAAGAGACCAACUGUUGGCAAGAAAGCCAAGAAGGGAGCUGUCUGGAAGUUUACUUUAGACCUGACCCACCCUGUGGAGGAUGGGAUCCUGGACUCUGCAAACUUUGAAACCUUCCUCAAAGAGAGGAUAAAGGUCAAUGGAAAGACAGGGAAUCUGGGUAACAUCGUCCAGGUUGGCCGCAUGAAGAACAAGAUCAACGUCACGUCUGAGAAGCAGUUCUCAAAAAGGUAUCUGAAGUACCUAACAAAGAAGUACCUGAAAAAGAACAACCUCCGUGACUGGCUGAGAGUGGUGGCGUCUGACAAGGAGACCUACGAGCUGCGUUACUUCCAGAUCAGUCAGGACGAUGAGGAGUCUGAGGCAGACGAGUAAACUGCUGCAGCAGAGUUUUACAGCUGUCGGUGUGUCAUCAGGACAGGAGAAUAAAUGUGGAAAAAGA